AUGUUCAGGAAUACUGCCUUGAAGGCCUCCCGGAGGUCCUUCAACCUCACCUCGAGCGCUCGUUACGCCUCGAAAAACCCUGGCUUCAGCCUCGCUGCUCGUCGUCCUCUCGCCGUUGUUAACGGUGCUCGUCAAUAUGCUUCUGAGGCGUCAAAACCUGGUGUGCGCGACUUUUUAAAGGACUCCAACGACUCUUUCCUCUCGGGCAGCACUGCCAACUACGUUGAUGAGAUGCCUUCACUCCUCCCCCCUACUCUCGUCCCUACCCCUACCGGUGGUGUUCCCCAGGAUAUGCCCGCCGGUGGCCUCGCCAGCGGCACUGAUGUCACCAACCACUUGAAGGUUCAGCUUCUUGUGCGCGCCUACCAGGCCCGUGGCCACCACAAGGCCAAGAUCGACCCUCUUGGUAUCCGUGGAGAGGCCGAGGCUUUUGGCUACGACAAGCCCAAGGAGCUUGAGCUCGACCACUAUGGUUUCACUGAGCGCGACUUGGACCAGGAGUUCGCUCUUGGACCCGGUAUCUUGCCCCGUUUCGUCACUGGAGAGCGUAAGAAGAUGACUCUCCGUGAGAUCAUUGACUCUUGCGAGAAGAUCUACUGCGGCUCCUACGGUGUCGAGUACAUUCACAUUCCCGACCGCAAGCCUUGCGAGUGGAUUCGUGACCGUUUCGAGAUCCCCGAGCCCUUCCGCUACUCGGUGGAUGACAAGCGCCGCAUUCUGGACCGUCUUAUCUGGAGUUCCAGCUUCGAGUCUUUCUUGGCUACCAAGUUCCCCAACGACAAGCGUUUCGGUUUGGAGGGCUGUGAGACCCUUGUGCCCGGUAUGAAGGCCCUGAUUGACCGCAGUGUUGACUACGGCAUCAAGGACAUUGUCAUUGGUAUGCCUCACCGUGGUCGCCUGAACGUUCUAUCCAACGUCGUUCGCAAGCCCAACGAGUCCAUCUUCAGUGAGUUCGCUGGUUCUACCGAGCCUUCUGAUGAGGGUUCCGGUGAUGUCAAGUACCACUUGGGUAUGAACUUCGAGCGCCCUACUCCCUCCGGAAAGCGCGUGCAGCUGUCCCUGGUUGCCAACCCCUCUCACUUGGAGGCUGAGGACCCCGUUGUCCUGGGUAAGGCCCGUGCCAUCCAGCACUACAACAACGACGAGACCGAGUUCAACACCGCUAUGGGUGUUCUGCUCCACGGUGACGCUGCCUUCGCCGCCCAGGGUGUCGUCUACGAGACCAUGGGAUUCCAGUCUCUUCCCGCCUACUCCACCGGUGGUACCAUCCACAUCGUCGUGAACAACCAGAUUGGUUUCACCACCGACCCCCGCUUUGCCCGUUCCACCCCUUACUGCUCGGACAUUGCCAAGGCUAUUGAUGCUCCCGUGUUCCACGUGAACGCCGACGACGUCGAGGCCGUCAACUACGUUUGCCAGGUCGCUGCCGACUGGCGUGCUGAGUUCAAGCGUGACGUUGUCAUUGACAUUGUCUGCUACCGUAAGCAGGGUCACAACGAGACUGACCAGCCCUCGUUCACCCAGCCUCGCAUGUACAAGCGCAUUGCUGAGCAGAAGGCCCAGCUCGACAAGUACGUCGAGAAGCUGAUUGCUGAGGGUACCUUCACCAAGGAGGACAUUGAUGAGCACAAGAAGUGGGUCUGGGGCAUGCUGAACGACAGCUUCGACCGCUCCAAGGACUACCAGCCCACCGGUAAGGAGUGGCUCACCUCCGCCUGGAACAACUUCAAGACCCCCAAGGAGUUGGCCACUGAGGUUCUUCCCCACCUCCCCACCGCUGUUGGCGCCAAUACUUUGUCCACCAUUGCCGACAAGAUCAGUGGUAGCGGCGCUCCUGAGGGCUUCACCCUCCACAAGAACCUGAAGCGUAUCUUGGCCAACCGCAAGAAGACUGUUGACGAGGGUAAGGGUAUUGACUGGGCUACUGCUGAGGCUCUUGCCUUCGGUUCCCUUGUUAACGAGGGAUACCACGUCCGUGUCUCCGGACAGGAUGUUGAGCGUGGUACCUUCUCCCAGCGUCACGCCGUCCUGCACGACCAGGAGAACGAGGCUGUCCACACUCCCCUGCAGAGCAUCAGCGACAAGCAGGGUAGCUUCGUCAUCUCUAACUCCUCCCUCAGCGAGUUCGGCUGUCUCGGUUUCGAGUACGGUUACUCUCUGACCUCCCCCGAGGCUCUCGUCAUGUGGGAGGCUCAGUUCGGUGAUUUCGCCAACAACGCUCAGUGUAUCAUUGAUCAGUUCAUCGCCUCCGGUGAAUCUAAGUGGUUGCAGCGCUCCGGUCUCGUUGUCUCUCUGCCCCACGGUUACGAUGGACAGGGUCCCGAGCACUCUUCCGGUCGUAUGGAGCGUUGGUUGCAGCUUUGUAACGAGGAGCCUCGCGUGUUCCCCUCUGCUGACAAGCUCGACCGCCAGCACCAGGACUGCAACAUGCAGAUCGUUUACAUGACCGAGCCCUCUAACCUGUUCCACGUUCUCCGUCGCCAGAUGCAGCGCCAGUUCCGCAAGCCUUUGGUCAUCUUCUUCUCCAAGGCUCUCCUGCGUCACCCCAUUGCCCGCUCUGACAUCGAGGCCUUCACCGGCGAGUCCCACUUCCAGUGGAUCAUCCGUGACCCCGCCCACGAGACCGCCGCCAUUGAGGCCCCCGAGAAGAUUGAGCGUGUCAUCAUGUGCUCUGGACAGGUCUACGCCGCCCUCGUCAAGCACCGUGAAGCCAACGGUCUCCGCAACACUGCCAUCACCCGUGUUGAGCAGCUGCACCCCUUCCCCUGGGCUCAGCUCAAGGAGAACCUUGACAGCUACCCCAACGCCAAGGACAUCGUCUGGUGUCAGGAGGAGCCUCUCAACGCCGGUCCCUGGUCUUACGCCCAGCCCCGUCUUGAGACCAUGCUGAACUCCACCGAGCACCACAACCGCCGCCACGUCCUGUACGCUGGUCGUGCUCCUAGUGCCUCCGUCGCCUCCGGUCUCAAGGCCGUCCACUUGAAGGAGGAGCAGGACUUCCUCAACGAUGCUUUCUCCAUCCACCAGGAGCGCCUCAAGGGCGAGUAA